GACGGGUCUCAGGCGUCCACACCGCUGAACAAAACCACCUAUAGAAUAGGCUAACUCACGCAGCACAACUCAUAUUUGGACGACUGAGAAAAAAUGACGUAAGAAACAAAACAAUGACGUGAAUCACUCCUAGGAGUAUGACCCCUAUGUAGAAAAUUAGCUUGCCCAAAACUUCCUCAAAUUUUUGUAACUUCUCUAUAGUCUAGUGGUUAGCCAAAAAUUGAAAUUACCCAAAAACAAGCUUUCUUUUCCGGGGCCAAAAUUUGAAAUUACACAAACACAAACCUUCAAAAGCCAAAUUUCAGCCCAACCCAAACAAGUCAGCAAAGAUCCAGUCACACUGUGAGGAAAGCAGAGAAAGGGAGGCCCCAGAUCCACCGAACCCGGGCGAGCAUGACGGCGGUAGGCGGCGACGCGGCGAGCAUGGUGGCUGUGGGCCUGGUGUGGGGCGCCACGAACGCGCUGAUGCGCCGGGGCGCGCUCGUCUGGGACCGCCGCUCCCGCUCCCUUCCUGCCGGCACCGGUGCCGUCCAGCGGUGGGCCGACCUCCUGCUCACGUGGCAGUACUCGGCGCCGUUCCUCGCCAACCUCUCGGCCUCCGCCGCCUUCUUCCGCCUCCUCGGCGACUCGCCCAUCUCCGUCGCCGUGCCAGUCACCAACGCCACCACCUUCGCCGCCACCGCCGUCGCCGCCGCGCUCCUCGGGGAGGCCACCCGCGUCGCGCCCGCCGCGCUCGGCACCGCGCUCAUCGUCCUCGGCGUCUGGGUCUGCAUCGUCUAGCUCGCUAACCCUCGUCCGUUCCAACUUCCAAGGGUCCUCAUCUGUCUUCAGUAUUGUCUGUAGAAUUAGCUCGAAUUUGGUCUACUUGUGUAAAUCUGUCCGUUGAUAACAUGUGCCUUUGAUGCUGAUAUUUAGGCUGUUUCUCAUUUUGGCCUUU